AGAGGGACAGAGUGUCGAAUCCGAUGAGGCAAGCGACUCGAGUCGAGCGUGCCACGGAACGAGCGAUCACCGACAAAUCGCAUCGGAUUUCCACUCGAGGGGGAGCGAAACAAUGGCGACGGAAGAAGAAACUGUAGAUCAGUAGAUCUUUAGUUAGUCGUUGAAGCCUUCAACUGUGGGGGUGGGAGAUUCUAGGGCAGGGCCGUCGCGGAGUGGAUAUCAAUCGGAGAGGAAAACGCUAGCGACGAAGGUUUGCGGAGAGUAGGGUGGGCGGUGGCGAACUGAGAGCGGCGAUGAUCCGGAAUACCGUCAUCGCGUUUGUCUUCCUCGCCUUCAUUCUUCUCGGGGUUUCCAUCAUCAACAAGGAGGCAAGAUUUAAGGUGGAAAAAGAACCUGAAAUUACUCAUAGAGUUUUCUUGGAUGUUGAUAUUGAUGGCCAACAUUUAGGUAGGAUUGUCAUAGGAUUAUAUGGUGAAGUGGUGCCAAAAACUGCAGACAAUUUCAGAGCUCUAUGCACAGGCGAAAAGAAAAAUGGAACUGGUGGAAGAAAUCUUUAUUACAAGGGAACCAAAUUCCAUCGCAUUGUAUCAGGGUUUGUUAUUCAAGGCGGUGACGUCACUAAUAGUCAUGGUAAGGGCAGUGAAUCUAUAUAUGGUGGUACUUUCCCUGAUGAGAACUUUUCAGUCAAGCAUUCACGAGCAGGUAUUGUCUCUAUGGUGAACUCAGGGCCUGAUUCAAAUGGAUCACAGUUCUUCAUAACUACUGUCAAGGCAAGCUGGUUGGACGGGGAGCAUGUAGCCUUUGGUAGGGCUAUUCAAGGUAUAGAUACAGUCUUUGCGAUCGAGGGAGGAGCUGGAACAUACAACGGGAAGCCAAGGAAGAAAGUUACCAUUGUCGAUUCAGGAGAAAUACCAAAGGACCAAUGGGUAGAUGAAUGAUGAGUUGUGUCUAUUUGUACUUCCUCGCUGACUAAAGCUUUACCUUUCCUAUGGUACUACUUCGAAGACUUGGACCUCUUAGAUCCUUCUCGCUGAUAGUUGGUAUACAUCAACACCCACCUUCCUGUUCUACCAAUGUCAAUAGUUGGUAUACUUCGACAUCUGAAUGUUUUUUUGUUUUGUUUUGUUUUAUUUUUUCGGAAUUACUUGUCAUCAAGCCCAUUUUCAACUGAUUGUGAGAAGAAUUUAAAGCUGCAUAAAUACUUUACAAGUUGGGGAGUUGAUUUA